UUUACGAUGAUCGGCCCUUUGCUGUCAAGCCUCGCGCGAAAGCGAAUUGUUCUUGCAAGUUCUUCUCCACGUCGGCGAAAUAUUCUUGAAUCCGUAGGUCUUGUGUUUCAAGUGAUGCCGUCUACUUUCAGUGAGAAUUUAGAUAAAUCUCACUUUGCAACUCCUCAUGAUUAUGCAAGAGAAAACGCUCGGUUGAAAGCUGUAGAAGUGUCAAGCAGAUUGAAGAGUGACGGUAUAACAGCAGACUUGGUGAUUGGAGUCGACACAAUUAUUGUGUUAGAUGACAGUAUUCUCGAGAAACCAAAAUCAGAAGAUGCUGCCAAACUAAUGCUGAAACAACUGAGUGGGCGAACUCACACAGUAGUGUCAGGAGUGACACUUAUUGCUAAAACAGAAUCUACCACCACAUUUACUGAAACAACUGAAGUGACAUUUGCUAGUCUUACUGACUCACUUGUGGACUACUAUGUCGAGACUGGAGAACCAAUGGACAAAGCUGGAGCAUAUGGAAUUCAAGGUAUCGGUGGGUCUUUCGUGACGGGCAUAGUAGGUGAUUACUACAAUGUUGUCGGUCUUCCUCUCCAACACGUGUGUCGUGAGAUCGUCAACAUGUGGGAAACCGGACAUUUAGUGUGACUUAGUAUGACACCUAGGUGCUCACUAAACUCAGCUUUGAAGCACAACUUUAGUAUACAAUUGUGUGUUCUUUCAAUUAAUUUUUGUGAUGUGUAUAUAAAUUGUGCUUGAUCUUGAUCAACAUGUUAUGGAGUUUAUG